CGGGCGAUGGCGGCGGCGGAAGCUUUGCCCGCGGCCCGCCUGGAGAGCGUGCGGGCGCUGUCGGGUCUGUUCCGGGAGGCGCAGCCCAGAGAAACGGCGGAAGAAAGCGUGUUUCAGGAUGUGCUGGAAAUCCUGACAAGCACCUCCAGUGCCAUUGAGCAGACCUGUGAGGACUCCUGUGGUCUGGCAGAUUUGGACACCUGCCUGCUGCUGGUAGCAGAGUGCUUCAGGUGUCUGAGGAAUGCCUGUGUGGAGUGUGCCAAGAAUCAGCAUGUCCUGAGGAACUUGGGUCUCAUCUCCACAUCUGUCCAUUUGAUAAAGUUGCUUCAUGGAAUACAAAUCAAAGAAGAAUUGUUGCUUACUGCUCUUCGUUGUAGUCUUCAGUUUCUUGGAAACAUUGCAGCAGGAAAUGGAGAUUCCCAGAAUAGCAUUUGGAAGUGUGCUUUCCCAGAUCUCUUCUUGACAUGUCUGACAUACAGUGAUGAGAAAAUUGUCUCCUAUUGCUGCAUGGUUCUGUUCACCUGCCUGAAUUCAGAGCGAGUGAGGGAACUGCUGGAUCCUGGAAACUUGCCUGUGGCUCUUCAUGUCCUGAGAGUCUACAAAGAGCACUUGGAUUCUGAGUGGUCGUUCCUGAUUGUUACAGAACAUUUGCUGAAAUGUCCAGAGCUGGUAAAAGCCCUCUAUGCCAAACUGAGCAAUCAAGAAAGAGUUACUCUGUUAGAGCUGAUGAUGGUGAAAGUAAGUGAGAAGAACCCAGUUAGCAGUGAAGAAAUGAACGUGUUUGUGAGACAUGCUGACUUCCUUGCAGACUGCUUCCAGGAGAAAUGUGGAGCUGUGCUCAAGUUGACUGCUGCAGCAGCUGCAGAAGAUGAGGAAGCCCUGGUGACAAUUCGUCUUCUCGAUGUGCUUUGUGAAAUGACCUCAAACAGCAGCCAGCUGGAACAUCUGCAGGCAUUCCCUGGUUUGCUGGAAACAGCUGUAGAUACCCUGAGAUUAACUCACCUUGCUGGGAAGCAGGCUGUAAAUAUUUUCACUGCCACCCAUGCUGUGACAGGGCAGGAGGAAAUUUCACAUCCAGCUGUUGGUUUCAAAUCCCAUCUCAUUCGUUUGAUUGGAAAUCUGUGUUACAAGAAUAAGGAAAACCAAGACAAGGUGUAUGACUUGGAUGGCAUUUCCUUGAUUCUGGACAAUUGCAGCAUUGAUGACAACAAUCCUUUUGUGAGCCAGUGGGCCGUGUUUGCCAUCCGGAACCUGACGGAGCAGAACGAGCAGAACCAGGCGCUGAUCGCGCAGAUGGAGCGCAAGGGGCUGGCGGACAGCUCUGCCCUCCAGAGCAUGGGCCUGGAGAUACAGCAGAGGGAUGGCAAGUUAAUCCUGCAGUCAACCAGGAAAAAGCCCUCCUGAGCAAAAAUAUCAGCAAUAGACUGAAAGGGUAUUUCUCUUACAAAACAUUUUCCCUUGCUCAGCAGCCGGUUUUUUUCAGUUUUAGUCCCAGUUUGUUGAAAAUGUUGUGUUUGUUCUCAGAAAAGCUGCCAAAUGAUGUUUCUGCCUCCUUUUGCUGUAAAUAAAAGGUCACCUGUGUGUUUUCUAUGUACCUGAGUGAAUCAGGUCCUUCUUGUCAGUUGGUUGGAAUUUCAUCACUUCCUUUUUCAUCUCUAGAAGAAUGUCACACGUGCAGUAUCGACUUGUCAUAAUUCCUUUUGCUGAACCUGGAGAUAACUAUCAUUAAAAAACUCUUCAAAGAAAGAGCUUCUUUGCAGUCUGCCUUCUCCAUGUAAAAGAUCUGUGCUGAGUCAGGGCUAAACAAGCAAAGUUAAUAAUUUUCAAUAAUGAGACCUAAAUAUAUUUAUAUAAGCAUCAAGAGAAUGUUGGAUGUACUUAAAUAUUUAGUAAAUUAAACACAACAUG